AUGUCAACAAUUGGUUCCCAGGUGCGUCAAGCUGCCCCUGAAGUUGAUACUACUGUUACAGAUUAUGUGAUUGGUUACUUGAACCAUUUGUCUGGCGCUACGUUGGAUGCAAUUCAAGCUAAACAGUUGGAUUUGGAUAGUGAGGUUGCUUUUAUAGAAACGCUACUUGUUGAUUCCGGAGCUAUUCAAGAAAAAGUGGAUAACCUGGUUAAUCAGGUGAAGGAACGGUUAUUCAACCAAUUAAAGGAAAAUCAGGCCAAGUUGGAGCUGACUGGUGAUACUUCGAAACGGCUAUUGGAUAUCAAUGUUCUACAAAAUCAGGACCAAAAGUCACAUACUUUGGCAAUAUUCGGUGCCACUGGUGAUAUUGAACAUACUGGGCGGAAGAUAGAGACAAGGGUGGAUUUGAAGAAGUUAAAGAAGGCUGAGGAGAAAAUUGCCAAGAAGGUUGCAAAGAGAAACAAUAAAUUUGUUAAAUACGAGGCUUCAAAGUUAAUUAAUGAUCAGAGGGAGGAAGAUUAUGAUACCUUUUAUAUGAAGAUUAACCCGUUGGAGUUUGGUUCAGGAGCAGGCAAGUCCAAAGAUAUCAAGAUCGAUACCUUUGAUUUAUAUGUUGGCGAUGGUCAAAGAAUUCUUUCUGAUGCUCAACUGACGUUGGCUUUUGGCAGAAGGUACGGUCUAGUGGGUCAAAAUGGUAUUGGUAAAUCUACACUGUUAAAAGCACUAUCUAAAAGAGAACUAAAUGUUCCAAAACAUAUUUCUAUUUUACAUGUCGAGCAAGAAUUAAAAGGUGAUGAGACUAAAGUUCUUCAGAGUGUAUUGGAUGCAGAUGUGUGGAGAAAACAAUUGCUAAGUGAAGAAAACAAGAUAAAUGAGAGACUCCAAGAGAUUGAAAAAUUAAGAACUGAAUUUGAUGAGGAGAGCUUGGAGGUUAAAAAACUGGAUAACGAACGGGAAGAUUUGGAAUCGCAUCUACAACAAAUUUCUGAUAAAUUAAUAGAUAUGGAAUCUGACAAAGCAGAAGCUAGGGCUGCCUCUAUAUUGUAUGGGUUAGGUUUCAGCACAGAGGCUCAACAGCAGCCAACAAAUUCUUUCUCUGGUGGUUGGAGGAUGAGACUUUCUCUCUCAAGAGCAUUAUUUUGUCAGCCAGACUUGUUACUAUUGGAUGAACCAUCUAAUAUGUUGGAUGUUCCUUCUAUUGCAUACCUAUCUAAUUAUUUGAAGACAUAUCCCGCAACAGUGCUGGUUGUUUCCCAUGAUCGUGCUUUUUUAAAUGAGGUCGCAACUGAUAUCAUUUAUCAACACAACGAACGUCUAGAUUAUUACAGGGGACAAGACUUCGACUCGUUCUACUCCACUAAAGAAGAACGUCGCAAGAAUGCUCUUAGAGAGUAUGAAAAUCAAAUGGCUUAUAGAAAGCAUUUGCAAGAAUUCAUUGAUAAAUAUAGAUAUAAUGCGGCGAAAUCGCAAGAGGCACAAUCCAGGAUCAAAAAAUUGGAAAAACUACCUGUGCUGGAACCCCCAGAAGAAGAAAAGUCCGUCAACUUUAAAUUCGCAGACUGUGAAAAGCUAUCGCCACCUAUUAUUCAACUUCAAGAAGUUUCAUUUGGUUAUGAAGACCAAUUAUUAUUAAAGGACGUCAGUUUGGAUGUUCAGAUGGAUUCUAGAAUUGCCUUGGUUGGUGCGAACGGUUGUGGUAAGACUACGCUGUUGAAGAUUAUGAUGGAACAAUUAACACCUUUAAGUGGGUUUGUUUCGAGAAAUCCAAGACUACGAAUUGGUUAUUUUACUCAACACCAUGUCGAUUCGAUGGAUUUAACGAUGUCUUCAGUGGAUUGGAUGUCCAAAAAUUUCCCCGGUAAAAGUGACGAAGAAUACCGGCGUCAUUUAGGUGCGUUCGGCAUUACUGGUUCGCUAGGUUUGCAAAGAAUACAAUUACUGUCAGGUGGUCAGAAGUCUAGGGUCGCUUUUGCAGCCUUGUGUUUGAACAACCCCCAUAUUUUGGUUUUGGAUGAACCUUCAAACCACUUAGAUACAGCAGGUCUUGAUGCCCUAGUAGACGCUUUGAAGGCCUUCUCCGGUGGAGUUUUGAUGGUUUCACAUGAUAUUUCUGUUAUCGAUAGUGUUUGCAAUGAAAUAUGGGUCUCUGAGAAAGGUACUGUUAAGAGAUUUGACGGCAACAUAUAUGACUACAAGAAUUAUAUUCUAGAAGCUGCAGAUGCUGCAGGUGUUGUCAAAAGACAUUAG